AUGUCGUCGUCGCCAACGACACCCAUCAAAAAGGAAAAGGAGGCGUCGCCGCCAUCGCUCGUCACCAACACGGCGCGCAUCCCCUCGACGUCCUUCAGCGCCGCCUCGUCGCUCAGCGCGAGCUUUGAGCCGCUCAACUCGACCGAGAUCCUGGAGCGCGUGCCCAGCCCUGUGCUGCGUCUGGUUGCGGCCCUUGGUCCGGCGAUCCAUGCGGUGCACCGCCUCGUGCGCCUCGCCACCUGGACGGGCGGCAAGGCGUCCACGUCCGGCUCGGUGCUGCUGCUCGUCGGAUUCUGGCUCGCAUGCGCGUUUGGCUACGAGCUGCUGCGGUAUGCACCCCAGCUUGUUGUGCUCGCCUGGAUCGCCGUGGCGGGUCUGCGCAGGCAGCUGGCGUUUGCAAGGCCGCGCACCCACUCGCCCGCCAAGUCGCUCGAUGCACACACGCUCGUGUCCGCCGCAAGCAUCAAUGCGACGCUGCUCGAGCUGAGUGAGCUCGCGGACGUGUGGUCCAGCUUUCGCACGCACGUGCUCGUGCCGGCGGUGCAGCUGGUCUCGUGGGAUCCCAGCCCCAUGAGCACACGCGCCGUCGCAGCGUUCCUCAUCCUCACCUGGCCGCUGUGGCUGCUCGCCGUGCUGCCGCUGCGCGAAAGCGGAUUCCCCAGCCUCGUCCUCCCUGUAUCGGGCGCCGGCAUCAUCGCGUCCAUCGCAGCAUGGAACCGCUUCGUGUUCAAUCACAUCCUCAAGCUCGUCGGACCCGACCACCUCACCGCGCUGCAUGCCAAGGCCGCACCUGUCUAUGCGCACGUCGACCGCGCAUCCGCACUGCUCGCCCGAACGCCGCUGCCCGUAGUGUACGCGCAUCUGUGUGCCAUUGCUGCCAAGGUGAGGUGGGAGCAGUGGACCGAGUUCAACCUGACGCUGCUGCCGCCGUAUCCGAUCGGCGCGCUGAGCAUGCGCAGCCUCGUGUGCAUCGUGGGCACCGUCGCGCUCACGUGGUGCUCGCCGUGGUGCGCGCUCGUGCGCCAGGCCAUCUGGAAGAGCGCUACGAUCCGACGCAUCGUGCGCGGCACCGGGCGCGUGCUCAGCGGCCAGACCUCGCCUCGCCAGGCGUACGGCAAAGGCAACCUCGACGACGAGUACGCCCAAGGCCUGUACCACUCGGACCUCGCUGGCGCCCGCAACACCACGACUACGCUGGCCAAGCACGGUAAGGCUGCGGCACCGGGCGGUGGGGACGACAAGACGGUUCGGCACGAGGACGUGGUGUACCAGUUUUCGAUCUUUGAGAAUCAGCGGUGGUGGGUGGGGUUGGACUGGACGGCGGCGCUGUUGCCGCAGGAGCGUCCGAGCUGGUCGGACGAGUCGAACAGCCCCGUGUCGCCGCCGUCGUCGUUCAGUCUGCCGGCGACCAAGAUCAUGCUCACGCCCGCACCGACGCCGCAGGACCCCAAGGCGUUUACGCGCCGCACGAUCAAGUGGGCCUGGGUGGAUGCCGAGUGGUCGAUCGCCGGCGUGUCGUCGCGCGGCUACUACCCGUCGUCGGUGUACAAGGGCAGCGCCAAGGAUGCUGCCAUCCACUCGGCGCAUGCGCUCGGCGACAAGGACGCGCUCAACGCAGCUAAGCAGGGGUAUCUCGGCGAUGCACUCAACCGCAUCCGCGCACGCACGGACAAGGACAAGGACAAGGAGGAUGUCGGCGAUGUCGGMACCACCGUGCACCGCGUCGACGGGAGCGAGGAGGAGUGGGAUGUGGAUGCAGAUGGGUGGCAGUACGGCGACAAUGCGUGGGACAAGAUGUCCAACAAGUCCGGCAUGGGCCGCUACACGCGCCGCCGCAAGUGGCUGCGCAGAGCGGUGCUGAUCGAGCUCGUCGAGUACGGUGUGCACGGCCCCACCCCCUCAUCCCCCUCCCCCUCCGCCUCUGCACCCAAGGCCGAAUCCGCCCCCGCUGAGGUCGAGAAGGUAGACGGCAUCGACCCUGUGACGCCUCCCUCGACUGACGCCGACAUUGCCCCCGCCAGCACUGCUGAUGCUUCAUCUUCCCCAUCCUCAGCGCUGGGGGGUAAACGACCGAGCAUUUCGGACCGACUGGCCAAAGCGGCCUCAUAA